AGCCCGCCUCAGCUUUAUUUAGGAAGAGGAGGCAGCGGGACGGGACGGUCUGCAGCUCGAAGGUUUGGAGUUUUUACAGCAGCAACAGGUUCUGAAGCAGAUCACUGGACUACUGUAUGUGUACAGCUCUGCACCUUCAGUCUGGUACUGUUGGAUCGUAUUAAAAGGAGACUAAAGAAGUUUUAUGUCUUGUUCUGGUCGGUUUCCUCGGUGAUGUUGAAUUUGGGACUAUCAGCUGCAGAACCUCCAUCACUCUGCCUAAGAGCUGAGAAAAACUAGGAAACCACCUGUUGGGAGCAAUAUGGCUUUUACGCAUGGACCCAGGAUCCAGUUCUAGCAGCCAGACCCUCCACAGUGUCAGGUGUCCCCAGUGAGUAUGGGGCCAUGGGGUCCUGGGCCCAGGUGAGCCGUGCACAACAGCUCCGGUCUGGAUAUGGCUCAGGAGGACGCGGUGAGGUGUCUGCGCUGCCUGCUGUACGCUCUCAACCUGCUGUUUUGGUUGAUGUCGGUCUGUGUGCUCGGAGUGGCUGCAUGGAUCAGAGACACCCUGAACACCGUCCUGACCCUGACAGCCCACACUAGGUUGGAGGAAGCUGCUGUCCUCACCUACUCUCCAGCUGUCCAUCCCAUCAUCAUCUGUGUGUGCUGCCUCCUCAUCAUCGUAGCCAUGGUGGGAUACUGCGGCACGCUCCGGUCCAACCUGCUGCUGCUCUCAUGGUACUUCUGCAGCCUGCUGGUGAUUUUCUGUGUGGAGCUGGCCUCUGCUGUGUGGACAUACGAUGAGCCCUCAGUACAGCGAGCUGACAUGAUCAGCCUAAAGUUUCGGAUGCCAAACUAUGGCCUGCAACGUUAUCAGUGGCUCACACACACCUGGGACAGCUUCCAGAUACAGUUUAAAUGCUGUGGCGUAAUUUACUUCACUGACUGGCUGGAGAUGACAGAGAUGGAGUGGCCUCCUGACUCCUGCUGCACCAAUCAGUAUCCUGGCUGUGCUCGCCAUGCCCACCACCAUGACCUCAGUGACCUCCACCAAGAGGGCUGCGGUCCAAAGAUCUACAGCUUCAUUCGAGGGACGAAGCAGCUGCAGGUUCUGCGUUUUCUGGGGGUUUCUAUUGGCGUGGCUCAGAUCCUGGCCAUGGCACUCACGCUCACGCUGCUCUGGGCGCUUUAUUGUGGUCGACAGUUUCAGGAGUUGGACUCGGGAGUGACUCCUGGGCUGCCGGAAGACUCCACUUCAAUUGCAGCAACCAACGGAACCACCACUGAUGCUUCAAAAUCAGGCUGUGGCCGUAUGACUAAAGGACGUACAGAGACAUCUGCUGCUGAGGCCCAGUUGAAAGAUCCUCAGGUGGAGAUGGAGUGGCUUAACGCUGCAGGAUAACUUAGCAAAGAAAGACUGGUUUAUUUUGACACUUGUGUCCAUUAACAGAACUCACUUCAUGCAGAUCAUCUGUAAACCAAAAAGCCAUGCAAGUUAAAAGCAGUUAUUCAAAUUAUUGCACCUGCAGCCAGUUUGAUGCACACAGGAGCUCUGAGAGCGCAUUGUCCACAUCCACUCAGCUCAAAUUCGAAAAAGGAAUCAACAAACAACAUGAAGAACACGUGUUUAUAAAACUGGACCAUUUACAGAAUAAUUUACCUGAUAUUUGACAAAUCAUUUAAGAGAAUUUCAACUGAAUUUAACCAAACAUCAGGAGCAGAAAGUGGAGACCUGAUCUGCUGCUUGAACCAGUUUUCCACCAUCAGAGAGCCAGCUCAGAGUUACAUUGUUCUCUCAGAAAAUUGUCUCUGAUGUUUGAUCCUCACGUUGAUGUGCUCAGAGUUCCUGUGGAGGAUCUCACAGCAUGGAGAUCUUUUAUCUGCACACAUCGCUGGAAUUUACUCAUUAUUCCUGACCCAAGGAGCUAGUGCUAAGCAAGUACUGCACCCAGUUUAUCACUGAAAGAACUUUGAUCAGAAGGCUUCAAGACUCUUUGGUUAUUCUAAUUUCAACCAAUCAACAUAAGGUGUUAUGAACCAAUUGAGCUGAGCCAGAAGUAUCAAAACAAUCUGCUUUAUUUAAAGCUUCUCUGCUUUGUCUCCAACAUGCAUGGUCUCAGAUCCAAGGCAGGGUUACUGCUGCAGGUAAUAAAGGCACAACAACAAUAAAAGUUUAAUAAGCUAGAGAUCUGGAACUCUGAAGUGAUCUGAGUAGAAACAGUCCUGAAUGCAACCUGAUCGAGGUUCUCUGAAACCUCGGUCAGGUCUCCUUCCUCUGGAUUUCUCUCCAUUAAAGAGAGUAAACAUCUCAGCUUUGGGUCAGACUGGGAGAUAACUGGAUGGAGUUUGCUUCCAUCAGCUGAAGAUGAGUCACCAGAGGACAUGCGAGACCUUGAAAUUAAUUAUAUCUGAAGCUCAAGGACACUCUGGACUUGUCAGUGUGUAACUUUAUAUGAGAAACUCAGGAGGAUGUUAGAUAUUUAUUAUUUGUCUUGAAGGUAAGAGUUUGAUAAAAUGCUCACUGGAAUAAAACCAUCAAACAUU